UCUACUUCGUUCCUGCUUCCUGCAUAACCAUGAGCUCGAACCACGAAGCUUUCCCUCGAAAUUUUUCUCGAACCCCGGGGUCUUUACCUUGACUUGUCGUUUACGUCUUUCGACCGGGCUCUUCAUUCGCCGACGAGGAUGAUGCGAUGGAACUACAGGUCUCUUUUCAGUGAACAGUCUCUUGCUUGGCCAAAGUUUUUCCUUGGAUGCCUUUGUAUAAUCUCGGAAGCAACUUCCUUCAUGGGCACUGAUUAGAUAAAAGCUUUCUUCCUACCUUCAAUCGAAUCAAAGAAUAACUUUCCCGGUUCUACCUUCCUCCCCCCAUCUGCCCUGUCCGAUCGCCCGUCACUAUUGCGACAACCGAGCUUUCAAGAAGAUGAUACUUGGUUUCGGUUUCGAAUUCUCCCUUUUCCACCUCGCGAGGUUGAAGACCGUUCUCUUGACUCUCUGGUCAAGUACCUUCAACCGAAUUCCCUGCCCGGUCACCUGUGUUCUUCGUUGAUCCGAGCUACGAUUCAAGCACCCCACAGAAUAGAAUGGAGAACGGCGUUGCUGCAUCGACCCAGCCCGAUCUGAGGCUGAAGUGGGACGUGUUCCUGAGCUUCCGAGGCGAGGACACGCGCAAUACCUUCAUCGGCCCUCUCUACGACGCGCUCUGGAGGAAAGAAGUCCGGGCCUUCCGCGACAACGAGGGCAUGAACAGGGGCGACCAGAUCUCGCCGAGCCUACUGGCGGCGAUCGAGGACUCCGCCAUGGCGAUCGCGGUGAUAUCGCCGAGGUACGCGGACUCGCACUGGUGCUUGGAAGAGCUGGCGAAGAUAUGCGAGUGCCGGAAGCUGAUACUGCCGGUGUUUUACGGGGUCGAGCCCUCGGAUGUGAGGCAUCAGAGAGGGCCGUUCGAGGGCUCGUUCGGGAGUCAUGUAAAGCGGUUCGGAGAUGCGAGGGUUUCGGCUUGGAGAGCUGCCAUGGAACAAGCUGGUGGAGUCUCUGGUUGGAUCUCCAGCGACCAAGACGAUCAGAGAAAAAUGUCGCCGCUGAUUCGACAGCUCGUCCACAGAAUUAUGGAUGAACUGAACAACGUUCCGCUCAAUGUGGCUCCAUUCCUCGUUGGACUGGACUCUCGCAUCGAGAAACUCCUCGGUGUGUUAAGCGUCAAAUCCGGCGGAGUCAAGUUUCUUGGAUUGCAUGGGUUCGGCGGUGUUGGCAAAACCACCCUUGCGAAAGCGCUCUACAACAAGCUUGUCGUGCACUUUGAGAAGCGCUGUUUCGUUGGGGACAUCAGAGAAGCUUUCACGCAAAGCGGUGGCUCGAUAUCUCUCCAGGACAAGAUCCUAAGCGAUCUCUCGGUCCCCUUGCCUACUUCGAAUGACUUUGGUUUUCGCAAGAAUGUGAUUAAGCAAGCCCUUAGCGAAAUGCGAGUCCUCCUCAUCUUGGAUGACAUCGACGAUGCCAGUCAGCUCGACACGUUGAUCAGCGGAAAAGAAUGGUUCCAUGAGGGAAGUCGAAUCAUCAUCACGACCAGAAAUAAAGAGGCUUUGUCCGCAAGAAACUAUGAGAUCGAGCCUUAUGAGGUGCAAGAGUUGUUCUCCGAAGACGCGUUGCGUCUGUUCAGCUACCAUGCGUUGAAGAGAGAGAAGCCGACAGAUGAAUUCCUUGAACUGUCCAAGCAAAUCGUGUCUCUGGCUGGGAAUUUGCCUUUGGCCUUGGAGGUGUUUGGCUCUUUUCUGGUCGACAAGAGGAGGAAAAUCGAAUGGGAAGGCGCGGUGCAGAAGCUGAAACAGAUUCGCCCCAAUAAUCUCCAGGACACGUUGAAGAUCAGCUACGAAGGGCUCGAUGACGAGAUCAAGUGCAUAUUCCUCGACGCAGCUUGCUUAUUUGUUAAGACGCAUAUGACGAGAGAGGAAGCAAUAGAAAUAUGGGAAGGUUGCGGAUUCAAGGCUGAGAUUGGGCUCCGAGUUCUUGUCUCGAGAUCCCUUAUCAAGAUCAACGACGAUAGGCUGUGGAUGCACGAUCAACUUAGGGACAUGGGGAGACAGAUUGUGAAGCACGAGAAUGCUGAUGAUCCCGGCACACGCAGUCGACUGUGGGAUCGCAAUGAAAUCAUGGCUGUUUUCAAGAAUGGAUCGGGUACGAGGAAUAUAAAGGGGAUCGUCCUGGACUACCAAGGUAAGCUGUUGGCGACGGACCCUAGCAGUGAGAGGCUGUUGCGACAAAAUUUCAUGAGAACGCCCAAUCUUACUUCCGCAAUUCAAUAUCUACAAGAGAUGUUUAGGACAUUUUUUGAUUUCGGAGCAGAGAGAGAGAACAAGGCAGUGCUUCAUACCGAGUACUUUAAACCGAUAAUUAACCUGAGACUACUUCAGAUUAAUCAUGCCAAAUUGGAAGGGAAAUUCAAGUUCCUGCCUCAGUCACUGAAAUGGCUGCAAUGGAAAGAAUGUCCUUUGACCAUUCUUCCUUCUGAUUUCUGUCCACAAGAACUGGCAGUCCUCGAUCUCACCUACAGCAAGAUUGAAAGUUUGUGGAAAACAAACAGUAAUAAGGCUGGGGAGAACUUAUUGAUUAUGAAUCUUCGUGGCUGCUCUAGUCUUGCUAGUAUUCCAGAUUUAUCAGCAAGUCGAAGCUUGAAAAACUAGUUCUUAAGUGGUGCGCGAGAUUGACCGAAGUUCCUGAGUC